CUCACGCAUGCGCAACACAUGUAAAUGGAAUUUUUUUGUACGGACGGCCACUCUGCUUCCUUUGCGCCUGCGCGUCCUUUGAGCCUGCCAGCUCCCGCAGCGGGAAGAGCGUGGGAGUCGUUGCCUCUCUUUCCCUGGAGCGUGAGGAAGGGUUGAGGCCAGGACGCAUGCGCUGUCUUCGAACCUGAUCGGAAGGUUUCAUGGAGAGCGGUCGCUGGAGUCAGCGCGAACGGGCACUCGGCGCAUGCGUCCUUGCGUGCUUCGCGGCUACAGGCGGCAGAGGGGAAGAUGGCGGCGGUGGUACAGAAUGUGGUGAAGCUCCUUGGUGAACAGUACUACAAGGAUGCAAUGGAGCAGUGCCACAAUUACAACGCCCGACUGUGUGCCGAGAGGAGCGUUCGAUUACCGUUCCUGGAUUCGCAGACUGGGGUGGCACAGAGUAAUUGCUACAUUUGGAUGGAGAAGCGGCACAGGGGACCAGGUUUGGCAUCUGGCCAGCUCUAUUCCUAUCCAGCUCGACGCUGGCGGAAGAAACGCCGUUCUCAUCCGCCAGAGGAUCCAAGACUUUCUUUUCCUACCGUUAAACCAGACACUGAGCAGGCCCUAAAGAAAGAAGGCCUAAUCUCUCAAGAUGGCAGCAGCUUGGAGGCCCUCUUAAGGACAGACCCCCUUGAGAAACGCAGCUUGCCUGACCCUCGUACUGACGAAGACAGCCUCAGCGAGUUCCCUGUUGCCAAUAGCCGCACCCGGAAGCGAAUUCUGGAACCCGAUGAUUUCUUGGAUGAUCUGGAUGAUGAGGACUACGAGGAAGACACCCCAAAACGACGAGGCAAAGGGAAGGCCAAGGGUAAAGGAGUUGGGAGUGCUCGGAAAAAGUUGGAUGCCGCCAUUUUGGAAGACAGAGACAAACCGUACGCAUGUGACAAUAGUUACAAACAAAAGCAUACCUCGAAACCUCCUGACCGAGUCUGUGGGAAACGCUACAAGAAUCGUCCCGGCCUGAGCUACCACUACGCUCACUGUCACCUGGCGGAAGAAGAAGGGGAAGAGAAGGAGGACUCCCAGCCCCCCACGCCCGUCUCCCAGAGAUCGGAGGAGCAGAAAACCAAGAAGGGUCCCGACGGUUUGGCCCUGCCCAAUAACUACUGCGACUUUUGUCUGGGAGACUCAAAGAUCAACAAGAAGACGGGUCAACCCGAAGAGCUGGUUUCGUGCUCGGACUGUGGGCGAUCAGGGCACCCAUCUUGCUUGCAGUUCACCCCAGUCAUGAUGGCUGCCGUGAAGACCUACCGCUGGCAGUGUAUUGAAUGCAAGUGCUGUAACAUCUGUGGGACCUCUGAGAACGAUGACCAGCUGCUGUUCUGUGACGAUUGUGACCGUGGUUAUCACAUGUACUGCCUCACUCCACCUAUGUCAGAACCGCCGGAAGGGAGCUGGAGCUGUCAUCUCUGCCUGGAUUUGCUGAAGGAGAAAGCCUCGAUCUUCCAGAACCAGAACGCCUCCUGAAAUUGCAUUUCAGUCUUGGAAGAGAACCGUUCCCUUGUCCAGUCUUUCUCUUGGGGUUUUAAUCUUUCUCCUGCUGCUGCCUCCCACUUUGGGUCAGUGUCUCCCUUAUUGGUUGGAUCACUCGUCCGCACGCGCGCGCACAUGCACACACACACAUACGCACACACACACACACACCCUGCCUCACUGCCUCUCCUUCUGUCGGUCCCCCUGCCUCCUCCCUGGCAGUCGGGACUUAGAAUCCCUUCUCUUCCCCCUUCACCUAAGAAUUUUGAGACCCUUUUCUCAAAAAUAAUAAUAAUAAUAAUCCAGCAUCCACGAUAAGCUGAGGAUCACCACAAGGUUUUGGACUAAUACCCCAGCUGGAGGGCUCUGUGCGAGCAAGACCGGAAGGAAAACAAAAGAAAGAAUGGGGGGUUUUUUUGCUGGUUUUUCCAUCUGCUUCCUUCUUUUCGGCCCCAUUGCAGUGGUCUGUGACCCCCAAAGCUUCUAAACUCGGCUUGUUCCUUCGUCCCUGUAAGAAACCUUUCUUUCCCCACCACCAACGUGGUUUAAAAGGGGCACCUUAGCAGCCUUUGAGAGCUUCGUGGGCGGCAGGGGAACCCAAAUCAAAAGCAUCCCCAAGGCUUGGCACAAGCAAGCACCCACCGCAAAGUAUCUCAGUUUGCCUUGUUCCAAAACGAUCAUCUCAGAUUUUGGCCAAAUCAGGGCCGUUGAGGAGAAUCAUCUUCGGUUUAGAUCCGGGAGAAGAGAGCGUAUCCAUCGCCUAGUCCUCUUCAUUUACCAAAUUCCUAAAGUAUGGGUACCCAUCCCACACGCAUCGAUCCCUGCGACGGUGGAUUUCAAGAUGCUUUCUUCCUCGAGAGGUCCAUUUGUGCGUGUGUCGGUGUGUGAGCAUUUAAAGCCGUAUCGGGCUUUUUAAACACACUGGCGUUAAAUCUCUUCAUUCGGGGAGUCUGCAGGGUUGCGUUAAGUUGUGUGGAAGACUUGGAGGGUGGCAUUUCUUUUGUUUUCAGAAAAAAGCUGAAGGUUGUUUGGAGUCAGGCAACGUUCGAGUGUGUGCUGACUCUAAAGCAGGGCUGUCCAGCCUUGGCAACUUGUAAGACCUGUGGACCUCAACUCCCAGAAUUCCCCAAGUGCUAGCUGGCUGGGGGAUUCUGGGAAUUGAAGUCCACAGACUGUCAAGGUUGGACACCCCUGCUCUAAAGCUUUGGGAUUACUCCCAAAUAAGUUUCUUUAAAAAAUUUUGGAUCUGGAGUCAACCAUGUCUCUUCCACAAACUUUUUCUUCAACUCUGCUGCUUCCUGGUCCGAGGGGAUUCGGGGAGCUGAACUUCUCUUGCAGGAACAAAAAGCGGGUUUUUUUCCCUUCUUCUUUCAGUUUUUUCCUCUCCUUUGCCCCCAAUUUGAGGAUUUGGUCUUGCUAGCAAGUGAUGCUUUUUUCUUUCUUUUUUUUUUAAAAAAAAAACUCCGUCCCCAUUCCUUGUUUUCCCUCCCCUCCAGUGGCUAAGUUUUCUGCAAGACUCCGCUUGCUGAAGGAGAGGCAUUUUUUUUUUCUGGAAUAGGGUUUUUGUGUAAUAUUAUACUUGUAAUGUGCCUGAUUUUUCUAAGAUUGUCUUUAAAACCUACCUCCGACAUUCCCCCGUCACACGCAUCCUUCCGCCUCCUCUCCAAAGGCUUCUUCUCGUCCUCCACCUGAGUCUCCUUCUCUUUGCCGAAAGUGGAGACUCGGGACUGCCAAAGCAAAUGGGGUCUGCUCUCUCUCUGUGUGUGUGUCUCUCUCUCUCUGUCACGGGUGGGGGUGACAAUCCAGCCUGCGCAAGUGAUGGAAUUGGUUGGCUUGAUGCAAAUUUGAAUUUGGCAAAGGCCGGUGUGGCGUCUUUCUCCCUGAUCCUCCCUACCUGGCUUGGCAAGAGAGGUCAGCCUUUUUGAACUGAGUGCCUCACUUCUGUUGCUGUGCUACCUAGGAUGAUGGGCCGCCCCCCAAUAGUGGGAAGGACAGGGUUGGGUCCCAGUGGGGUAGAUGUGGCCCACAGAGAGCCAGGAACAAAGUGACCGGUGGAAGCUUUGAUCCAGUCACCUUCCCUGUCUGCUCAGUCCUUCCAAAGGACUCGAAGCUUGAAGACUAAAAAGCGUUCCCUUUCGGUCUUGGGAACUCAGCUUGAGUUACCGGUCUUGGGAACUCAGCUUGAGUUACCGGUCUUGGGAACUCAGCUUGAGUUACCGGUAGGGGAGAGACAGCUAUUAUUUGUGCACUUAAUUUGGCUCUGGAUUCCUUUUUAGCUGCGACCUUUUCAAAAAUGUUAUUUUAACUCUGUUUUUUCUCUCCCCAUACCCCAGGGAGAUGUGGGGGCUGGCUGUCAGGCCCCCUCCUCCCCCGUGCACCAAACAAAGAGAGAAAGUUGUAGAAUUGUUCCUUGGGUGGGUGUUAACCUGUCUCAUCCCCCCCCCCAGCCCGGGGUGUUAGGUCCUCAUUUGAAGCAUCACACCUGUGUCUUAAAAAAAAAAAAAAGCUACCCAAAUAAAAAAAACCAAAAUGGCUUCUUGGAACUGGUUUUAUGGUGGCCUGGCUCUCCGAGCUUGGGGAUCGUGUGUGGAUCUUUUCAAUGCUGCGACAUUGUGUGUGGGGGGGUUUUCCAUGCUCAGGUUAGUUCUUGUCGGUUUUCAAGGGGUGGGAGGUGGGAUAGGCUGUAAUACCUCAUUUUUUUUCUCUCUCUCGUGACGCCCACAAAUAGUUGUGCAGCUUCGCACCUCCUCUGCACUGUCUUCUGAUUCCCUCCCCCACACACUUCCACUAGAACUUGUUCUUGGUCGCUUGAUCGUUCUCCUUUCCGAGUGAUUUGAUUUGUGCACCUUUGAAUUGCAUAGGUUUGGAAUUUGGGCUUUCUUUCCGAAAAAAAAAAUAAAUAGACGCCCAUCUUUUCUUGCCGUAAAAGCUGAAAUAUAUUUUAGCUCCCUCCGUCCAAUUUUAUUUCAAGGCUGUAAUAAGCAUCAGCUAAUAAACAUUGCUUUUAUUUAC